GGAGCGCAUUUGACAAAAACUUUCGCGGCUGUUGGGUACUCGCGGACCUGAUAUUUCUGUGUUUGGUGAGAACGGAAACAACGAGUAAAAUGUAUUUUACUUACUUUUCGAAAGUAGAUAUUCACAAAAAUAAAAUGUGCUGUUAAAUUUUUAAGUACAUCUUAACGAAUUAUUUCGAAAAUAAUUUGAUUGCGAAAUUAAAUUCAUGUUUAUACGCUGUUGUUUUCAUCGUUCUUGUGAUUUUCAGAAGAAAAAUGAAGCCAAACUUGAGAACAAAGCAAGAAAAAAUGUUGAUAAUUUUCGCUAAAUAAAAUUAUUUCCCUUGAAAUAAAAAUUGGCGUCUAAACUUAUCGGGAAACAAAUAAAAUGUUGAAAAGAAGGCAACCAAAAGUGAGGAAUAUUUGAAAAAAACAACCGUAUCACCUAUUUCGCUUCGAGACCUGUGAACGGUUUUCUUUGCAUGCGCCUUUAAGAUUAUGAUAGAAAACAUUAUUUUUGUUUUUGUUUUCAGUACUGCAGUUUUAUGGAUUCAAUUGACAACUCCACAACAAUAAUAAGGAAGAAUUUGAACCGAUUCAUACGAGAACUGACAGAUGAUGGAAAGUUGGACUUUGAAUCAAUACCAUAUCAAAAUUUGCAAAAAGAAGUGGCAAAUCAGGACGAAGAAGGCUGCGAGAAUGUGAUAGAAGUAUUGCUGGAUACUACAAGCAGAUCAGGAUGUCCCGAUAGGAAACUAAUUCUGCAACUGUUCAAUAGCUUCUUCUUACAAUUUCCAAUAUUUCGGGAAAAUCUACUCAAUGAUCCAUCAGAAUUUCUCGAAUUAAUGUUCGAAACAAACCCAAUUCGUAACCCACUCCCUGGUUCGAAAAAACAUGGAAAUGAGCUGAAAGUCGAAGCGAUAACAGUGAUUAAAAGCUGGGAAAAGGAGAAGUGUGUGAAGAACGAUGCAAGAAUGAAAUGUUUGGUGGUGACGUUGAAGAAGACAAAAUUUGUAGACUAUGAAAAUGGAGCUAAGAAAAUUGAAGCGGAAAGAAAACGAAAAAAGAUUUUGGAAGAAAGAAAAAUGAAAAUGAUUGAGAAUUCAGUCAACGUCUAUUCUUCAAAAUACCACGAGAUAAAAAACGAUGCGGAGACACUGUCAAUGGAACUCACAACUACAAUGCAAAUGCUUGUUCCAUCAUUCACUACAGCAGAUCCUGAAGUUCCCAGCACAUCAACUUCAACACCUUCUGCAAUUUCGGACUCAAAAAGUUUCGAGAUUUUCAUUCCGGAUUUGACUCCAGAAAUCUCUGUUUCCUCGGAAAAUGAUGCUAUUGUUGAGGCGUUUCUUGGUGCAAAACUUUCGUUGAUUCAUCGAGUUCAGACGCUCCGAAAACUAGUAAAACGACUACAACUGUUAAAACAACCUGGAGAAAAACUUGCCCAAGAAAUUAUAGAUUAUAGAGAUGGUAUCAAGAAUUUAGUGCUGAAAGCCGAUGAGUUGAGAAUUAUAAAUCCACGACCUCCAAAGAAUAAACGAAAAAAGUCUGAUGACGAUUUUAUCGACGUGGAUAUUUCGAUCGAUGACAUACUUAUGGUUCAAUAUGCUGAAAAGUUGGAGGUAGAUGUCAAAUCGAAAGAUGAAUCGGAAAAAAUCACUGAAAGCCCCGAAAAACACAAAAUUGAAAUGAAAAACGAGAAACCUGUAAAAAUCAAGACGGUACCAUUCGGGCUUGACCUAAAAUACUGGGGAGAGGAGAGAAAAGAUGUUGAAGUUCCGAAAAACAAUGCAGAUUGCCAUAGAUUCUGGAGGUCGGCCGAUGAAGGAACUGUUGCUGGGAAAGCACAACAAAGCAUCUACACUCAACGACAAUAUACGUUUAUUGGAAAAGCUCCAGACAAUCGGAAAGUCUGUUUGGCAAAGAUGAAGAGUGGAAAGCUUUGUCCGAGAAAAGACUAUUACACAUGCCCUCUUCAUGGAAAAAUUGUAGAUCGCGAUGACGAGGGGAGACCCAUUAACGAGGAGGAUCGGCUUGAAGAAAAUUACAGAAAAGAGCAAAACCAUCUGAAGGAAGCAGACAAGAUCCGGCAGAUGAUCGAAAAGGAAUACGAAUCAAAAACGAAACGGCGAAAGAAGCACGACGUGGAUACAACUGCCUCGGAAGAUGUUAGAAAUCGGCUUCAGAAGAAGCUGCUGGACCCGAAAACCAUCCAAAGAGUGUCCGCUGAUCUAGAUGCAUCGAGGAAAAAUCGUCUAGAAAAAAAUUUUGGUCAACAGUUUUCUCAUUUUUAAUACGGUUUUUUGUUAAAAUUUAGAAAAAUAAAGUAAAUAUUUAAAAUCUUAUU